CACACACACACACACACACACAAACACCUCUCUCAACUCUCUUUCUCUCUCUGUGUGAAACUAAUAACAAAAGGAUCGCUUUAGACAAUCGACAGAUAGAUAUGGAAAAAGUCAGAGAGAUUCUGAGAGAAGGGAGAAGAGUGGCAAAAGAAGACCCAAGGAGGGUAGUACACUCGUUCAAAGUGGGUCUAGUUCUUGCCUUAGUCUCUUCCUUCUAUUAUUACCAACCUCUCUACGACAGUUUCGGUGUCAAUGCAAUGUGGGCUGUUAUGACAGUUGUUGUCGUCUUCGAGUUCUCCGUUGGUGCCACACUAGGGAAAGGACUUAACAGAGUAGCGGCAACACUAUUUGCCGGGGCACUUGGAAUCGGAGCUCAUCACCUUGCAAGCUUUUCUGGUACAACAGGAGAACCAAUUCUUCUCGCAAUCUUUGUCUUUAUACAAGCUGCGUUAUCGACGUUUGUGAGGUUCUUCCCGCGGGUGAAAGCGAGAUACGAUUACAGUCUGUUGAUAUUCAUACUCACCUUUGCGCUGAUAUCAGUGUCGGGGUUUCGAGAGGAGCAAGUUCUAAUGUUAACACAUAAAAGAAUCUCCACUGUGAUCAUAGGAGGGCUCAGUUGUGUCCUUAUCUCCAUCUUUGUCUGCCCUGUUUGGGCCGGCCAAGAUCUUCAUUUUCUCAUUGCUUCUAACAUUGAGGAACUCUCCUUCUUCUUGUUAGAUUUUGGGGACAAGUAUUGUGAAACGGUAGAAGAUAGUGACACCAAAGAGGUUGACAAACGAAAAAAGGAUUUUGGCAACUAUAACAGUGUUCUCAACUCAAAAAGCAAUGAGGAAUCUUUGGCUAAUUUUGCGAAAUGGGAACCUGGUCACGGCAGAUUCAGAUUCCGGCAUCCUUGGAAACAAUAUCUAGCCAUUGGUGGACUAAUCCGACAAUGUGCUUACCGAAUUGAUGCCCUGAAUUCAUAUCUUAAUGCAGAAAUUCAGGUGUCAAUUGGUAUAAAAAAGAAAUUAGAAGAACCAUUGAGAAGAAUGAGUUCGGAGUUGGGAAAAGCGAUGAAAGAAAUGUCAAUUUCAUUAAAGAAAAUGAUUAAACCAUCUUCUUCUGAUCUUCAUCUCCAAAACGCACAAUCGACCUGCAAAGCCCUCACCAACUUACUUAAGUCAGGCAUCUUGAAAGAAGUUGACCCACUAGAAUUGAUCUCACUUUUGACGGCAAUCUCCUUACUCAUCGAUAUUAUUAAUCUGACCCAGAAAAUCUUGGAAUCUCUGCAUGAACUUGCAUCAGCUUCAAGAUUUAAGAACAAGAUUGAGCCCCCUAAACCAAAUGCCAAAAGCAUUGUCUGUGGCCGGUCGACCAAAUGCCAUGAUGAUCAUGUGGUCACAAUUGUUCAAGAUGAUGGUUAUAAUGAUGUUACAUCAAAAAAUGAUAACCGUUCGAACGAGGUUUCGAGCCAUGAGAAACAUGAAGAUUGUGUACAUGAGAAACAUGAAGAUGGUGAUACACAUGUACAUUCGAGCUGUGAUUCAUAUGGUCAAACUAGUAUUCGUGUUGUUGUAGGAUGUAUUGAUAUUAGAAUCCCAUGAAAUCACAAAGAAAUUAAGUAUUUUUUUUCUAUUUUUAUAUAGUAACUUAUAAAAAUUGUUUGAUAUAACUUUAUAUAAACAUUUACCUUUUUCUAUGUGAAAUGUUUAUAAAUCAUUGUUGUAAGUAUUCCGAGAUAAUAAAGUUAUUAAAACGGUGUU